CCCCACCCCCCACCCGACCCGAUCGGCGGCGGGAGAAGAGCACGACACGAGACGCCACCGCCAUCCACCGCGGCCGAGCCGACCAGGGAAUCUUUGGCACCGUCGCGUCUCGCGUCGUCGCCCCCACCCCGUUUCUCUCUCGCUCAAAAGUUGCUGGAGCCGUCGUCGUCUCUCUCUCUCUCCGACCACCAGCCAUGGAUGAGGCGCAAGUUGUGGAGUCAAAGGAUGGAACCAUCUCAGUUGCUUCUGCAUUUGCUGGUCAUCAGGAAGCUGUGCAAGACAGGGAUCACAAAUUCUUGACAAAAGCAGUGGAAGAGGCAUAUCGAGGAGUCGAUAAUGGCGAUGGAGGUCCAUUUGGAGCAGUUGUAGUCCGUAAUGAUGAAGUAGUAGUUAGCUGCCAUAACAUGGUUCUGAAGCACACUGACCCUACUGCGCACGCUGAAGUAACUGCAAUUAGGGAGGCUUGCAAAAAGCUUGGGAAAAUUGAGCUCUCUGACUGCGAAAUUUACGCGUCCUGUGAGCCAUGCCCAAUGUGCUUCGGUGCAGUUCAUCUCUCCAGAAUCAAGAGGCUGGUUUAUGGAGCCAAGGCAGAGGCUGCCAUCGCCAUUGGAUUCGACGACUUCAUCGCAGAUGCUCUGAGAGGCACUGGGUUCUACCAGAAGGCCAACAUGGAGAUCAAGAAGGCCGACGGCAACGGUGCGCUGAUCGCUGAGCAGGUCUUUGAAAAGACUAAGGAGAAGUUCCGGAUGUACUGAUGCUUAGCAGAAGAGGAGAUUUCAGAUUUGUACAAUGCUCACCCAGAAGGACAAUGAAUAAUACAGUUGCCAAAAUGUCCAUUCUUUCGGAAAAAAUAUCUCGAUUCCAUUGUUUAACAUUCUGAUGAUGAUGCAUGGAUUUGUUGUAAACAGUAAACAGACACAAGAUUGUUCUUUGCUGUAACUUAAUGUGCAGUUAAUGGAAUUUACUUUCCCCCUCUC